AUGGCCACCACGGCCGAGCUCUUCGAGGAGCCCUUUGUGGCAGAUGAAUACAUUGAACGCCUGGCAUGGAGAACACCUGGAGGAGGUUCCAGAGGUGGAGAAGCUUUUGAUCCGAAAAGACUAUUGGAAGAAUUUGUAAAUCACAUCCAAGAAUUACAGGUAAUGGAUGAAAGGAUUCAGAGAAAGGUUGAGAAACUAGAACAGCAAUGCCAAAAGGAAGCAAAGGAAUUUGCCAAGAAAGUACAAGAGCUGCAGAAAAGCAACCAGGUUGCCUUCCAACAUUUCCAAGAACUAGAUGAGCACAUCAGCUAUGUCGCAACUAAGGUCUGUCACCUUGGCGACCAACUGGAGGGGGUAAACACGCCACGGCAACGGGCUGUGGAGGCUCAGAAGCUGAUGAAAUACUUUAAUGAGUUUCUGGAUGGAGAGCUGAAGUCUGAUGUUUUUACAAACUCUGAAAAGAUUAAGGAGGCAGCUGAUAUUAUUCAGAAACUUCAUUUGAUUGCACAGGAACUGCCUUUUGACAGGUUUUCUGAAGUAAAAUCAAAGAUAGCAAGUAAGUACCAUGAUUUAGAGUGCCAGCUAAUACAAGAGUUUACCAGUGCACAACGAAGAGGGGAAAUAUCCAGGAUGAGAGAAGUAGCAGCAGUUUUGCUUCACUUUAAGGGCUAUUCCCAUUGUGUUGAUGUGUACAUCAAACAGUGUCAAGAGGGUGCAUUCCUGAGGAAUGACGUCUUUGAAGAUGCAGCCAUUCUCUGCCAGCGAGUGAAUAAACAAGUUGGAGAAGUCUUUAGCAAUCCAGAGACUGUGCUGGCCAAACUAAUUCAAAAUAUCUUUGAAGUUAAACUUCAGAGUUAUGUGAAGGACCAGCUUGAAGAAUAUAGGAAAUCAGAUGCAGAACAGUAUCUUAAGAAUCUCUAUGAUCUAUAUACAAGAACUACUAAUCUGUCAAGCAAAUUGAUGGAAUUUAACUUGGGUACUGAUAAGCAGACUUUCUUGUCUAAGCUUAUCAAAUCCAUUUUCAUUCCCUACUUGGAGAAUUACAUUGAGGUGGAAAUUGGUUAUUUGAAAAGUAGGAGUGCUAUGAUUCUGCAACGCUAUUAUGAUUCCAAAAACCACCAGAAGAGGUCCAUUGGCACCGGAGGUAUUCAGGACCUCAAAGAGAGAAUAAGGCAACGUACAAACUUGCCGUUGGGGCCAAGCAUUGACACACAUGGAGAAACUUUUCUGUCACAAGAAGUGGUGGUUAACCUUCUACAAGAAACUAAGCAAGCUUUUGAAAGAUGUCACAGGCUCUCUGAUCCAUCUGACUUACCCAAGAAUGCUUUCAGAAUUUUUUCUAUGCUUGUAGAGUUCUUAUGCACUGAACACAUCGAUUAUGCAUUAGAAACAGGCCUUGCUGGCAUUCCCUCUUCUGAUUCAAAGAACGCAAAUCUCUAUUUCUUGGAUGUUGUCCACCAGGCCAAUACUAUUUUCCAUUUAUUUGACAAACAGUUUAAUGAUCAUCUGAUGCCAUUAAUCAGUUCUUCUCCUAAAUUAUCUGAAUGCCUUCAGAAGAAAAAGGAUAUCAUAGAACAAAUGGAAGUGAAGCUGGAUAUGGGCAUUGAUAGGACACUGAAUUGCAUGAUUGGACAGAUGAAGCACAUCUUGGCUGCAGAGCAGAAGAAGACAGAUUUUAAGCCAGAAGAUGAAAACAAUGUUUUGAUUCAAUAUACUAAUGCUUGUGUUAAAGUCUGUGGCUAUGUUAGAAAGCAAGUGGAGAAGAUUAGAAAUUCUAUGGAUGGUAAAAACGUGGACACAGUUUUGCUGGAGCUUGGAGUUCGUUUCCAUCGACUUAUCUAUGAACACCUACAGCAAUAUUCCUACAGUUGCAUGGGAGGCAUGUUAGCUAUUUGUGACGUGGCUGAAUACAGGAAGUGUGCCAAAGACUUCAAGAUUGCGCUGGUGUUACAACUCUUUGAUACCUUGCAUGCACUUUGCAAUCUUCUGGUUGUAGCCCCGGAUAAUUUAAAGCAAGUUUGCUCAGGAGAACAACUUGCUAAUCUGGACAAGAACAUCCUUCACUCCUUUGUUCAGCUGCGUGUUGAUUAUAGGUCUGCUCGUCUCGCUCGUCACUUCAGCUGAGAGCAGGGAGCUGUACCUUCGGGCAGGCCUCAGUUGUUAGAAAGCACAGGGAAAGGUUUCUUACCAAACCAUGGUUAUAACUUUUGUGGAGUAAUGACUGUUCAUAAUAAAGCAGCAGCAGCCAUAUUUAAACAUGAUUAUAUGGAAGGUGAGCAGGUAAAACUCUGAAUGAUAUUUCAUGGAAAGCUAAAGCUCUCCCAGUGAAGAGAAUCUACUUCCUACUGAUUUUUUUUUUUCUGUUGGAAACAUGUUGGUGUAGGAGAGCAAGCAGUGCAUUGAAAAGUAUUUUAGUCUUCAAUAUUGAAUUAUCAGAUACCAUUUGUUAGACUUGAACUACAGAGCAUAGCGUAGGUAAUGGAUUACAUAGAAUAGACCAGUGUAAAAACAUUCUUCAUCAAUUUUAAUGACUUAGA